UUUUUUUUUUUUUUAAAUUUAAUUCAACGUCAAUCGUCGCAUUUUGUGCAGAUUGGUUGAAGGCGUUGUUUUGUUUUUGAUUUGCAUCGUGUCAGAGAGUUUCGAGAUGAUCAAAUUAAACGGCCAUUUCGGCUCGAUCCGUGGCCGAUUCUCCGUUCGCCAUUUGUUUUUGUUUAGCGCUUCGGCUUUGCUGGUCAUUGUCACGUACAGGCCUUACAGCAACAACAACAGCGCCAUCGUUGCCGACAGUAGCCAAGUCAUCGAUUUCGAUCGUCCCACCAGCAAGGAAUGCCGACCGACCAACAAGAUCGCCUUUAUGAAAACGCACAAGUGCGCCAGUUCUACGAUCGAGAACAUUUUGUUCAGACACGCACUGAGAGAGAACUUGAACGUAGCGAUGCCGCUGAAGGGCAACUACCUAUCGCGAACGGAGUUGUUCAAUCGAAGUUCCGUUCUGAAUACGCCGUGGGGUGGACUGCCGGUUGAUAUUUUCACGUUGCACAACCGUUGGCAUCGCGACCAAGUUAUGGCACUCAUGGGACCGACGACGUUCGCUUUCAGCGUCGUCCGUGAUCCCGUCGACCAGUUCGAAUCGCUUUACAAUUAUAUGAGUUUGAGCGCCACGUACAAGACGGAUUUGAAAGGAUUCGUUCGGCUUUUGAGAACGAAUCAGAGCGCCAUCAAUCACAAACCGCGUGGUGGAUUGGGCCGUUUCGGCCGCAAUCAGAUCGCGUUCGAUUGGGGAGUGUCUCCGAAAUUGUUCGGUAAAGACCCGGACGUGAUUCGCGAUCGGAUUCAUCAACUGGAUGAUGAGUUCGAGUUAGUUCUCAUUGCCGAAAGGAUGGAAGAAUCGCUCGUCCUGUUGGCUGAUCGACUUUGCUGGCCUUUGGAGUACGUUACUCACCUGGACCUGAACGUGAGAAAGCCGGAGCGAACGGUGCGACUGGAAGAGGACGAGCGCCACGUUCUCGGCCGCUGGCUCAAUUUUGACACGGACAUUUACGAGCAUUUUUGUCGCCGAUUUGAUGACCACGUUGCCCGUUUCAACUCGUUCGGCCAGCCCGAUCGAAUGGAGGAACAGGUGCGACUGCUUCGCCAGUUCAACCUCAGACUGCGCGAGCGUUGCGUGAUCCAGCGCGUCGGUAACGAGAAGCUCCAGGGCAAAUUUCUGGAAACGCACAACGACACUUUCGGUUAUCUCAUCCGGCCGAACAUGCCGGACUGCGACCCGUACGCCAUGAGCGAGCCAGCCUAUCUGAGCCUGUUCCGCGAGAAGUUGACGCACCGUGCCAAAAUGGCUUUGAAAAGGAAUUCGUUCGUUCACGCGCCUUCCAUUCGAACGAAAUGAGUUCUCUACACGUCAGCCAAAAAAAAUAAAUAAAAUAAAUGGGCCCUCUCUACUAGAAGAAAAGAGACAAGGAACGUGAACAGAAGAAACGCGCACAUAAAAAAUGUGGAAAAUAAAAAAUAAAUAAAUAAAUAAUAAUCAUAAUAUUAAUAUUUAUGGAUUAACGAAAAUUUGAAUGAUUGAAGCGGUCCUAGCGGUCCGGCCUUUUGUUUUCUUGUGUGUGUAUGUGUGGUGUGCUGCUAAACUACGAUGGCCCUGGUGGUCUCUCCCUUUCACCGCAAAGCAUUUGUUGAUUCAUUCCACCGAUUUAUGCAGCCUCCCAUUUCCAGUUUGAAUUUCAAAAUGUUUGAAAAAAGGAAAAAAAAAAAAAAAAAAGCUCGUGAAUCCGAAUCUUGAUUGUAAAUUAUGGCCCUCCGAUUGAAUAUAUAUAUAUAUAUAUACGUAUAUAUAAUGGAAAGACGAGAAGGAAACUUGAUUUUUUCGGUUCGGAGAUUACCAACUUGAUGUGCUCAGGGGGGGGUAAUAAACUCUCUCUCUGCAUGUGAAUUCUUAAUGUUUUUUUAUUCUUUUGCUUCUUUUCUUAAUUCCUCGUUUUUUCGCCCUUUUUGCCAAGUGAAUGGUGCGUGUUUUGUGUGUGUG